AUGCCAAACCAAAUGGCUCAGGACACUGGAUCAUCAGCUGACAGAGUUUCAACUGACAAACACCGGAAUUAUGCAGUUGUAGCUAACACCAUAACAAUUCUUGGGGCUUUAGGGUGGUACCUUAAAAUCACUGCAAAGAAAGCCAAAACAACACGAUCCCUCACGGUGAGUCUUCCAUUAAGGGUCAUCGUCUUCAAUUUCAGUAAAUCAACUCUUCACUUUCAUCCCGCCGUCUUCAAUUUGAUGAAGAGUCCCGAUAUUUUGGGAAAGGCGAGGUUGGCCUACAUCAACUGUGUCGUCGGUCAUUCUUCGCUCAAGCUAAAAAAUGUCACUCGAGUGACAUUCAAAAUUGUUUAUGACUGCCCUCAGAUGAGACCAAGAAAGGACAAAUACACUGAACGAUUUAGAACGGGUGAAUCAUCUGUAGCAUUUAACAUAAACCUCUUCAGAGAUAAGCAUACCCAGCAAAGCACCCUCUUUGCCUCAGAAUCAUCUGCAAAAGCUCCCAAAGCGGAUAAGGAGAAGUCACUUUCUCCAGAUUCCUCAGAUUCAUCUGAGAUUAAUUCCACAAAUGAAAAACUCUGGCACUGUGAACAUCCUUGUCUAUGGAAGUAG